UUCCUCCUCUGAGGCUCCCUGCUCUUCCUCCUCUCCCUCUGCCCCUCCCCCUGUCUCUCCACCGCCGGCCCUCCCUGGAGGGGACACCGACCCUCCCCCGCGCAGCCCCGCGGUCCCGGGGCCGGCCCCUCCCGCCCCACCCCGCGGGAGCCUGGCAGGUGAGCGGAGCCGCCCGGCCCCGGGGCUGGCCGGGCCGCCGCUCCGCCCACGGGGGCGAGCCGCGGGGCCGGCCGGCACCUGCCGCCGCUGCGCUCCGCGCCGCCCCGCACAGCCGCCCGGCCGCCGUCCCCGCCGGCCGCCGCGCUCCCUCCCCGCCGCGCCGGGGGCCGCCGGGCCGAGCGGCGGCGGCCGCGCUUCCCCGCGGGGCAGGAGUGCGCUCCCGCAGCCGGGCGGGCCCGCAGGAGCCCGAGAUGGCGGACAGCGCCGCGGCCACCGCCGCUCCUCGGGCCGGCGUGAAGGGCUCGGCCGGGCCCUGGUGGAAAUCGCUGACGAGCAAGAAGAAGCACAAGGAAGCGGCGGUAGCCCCGCCGCACCCCGUCGCCAGCGAGACCCCCGCCGACACCCCCAGCCCCGACGGCCGGGAGGAACAGCCCGCUGCCUUGGGCAGCGGCGACGCCGCGGGAACCGCGGUUGGCAACCGGCGGAGCCUCCGAGUGUCCCAUUCGGGCCGCUUCAAGGAGCGGCGGAAGGUGCGCACCUCGCUGCUGGCCGACAGCCCCGAGGUCUUCGACGGCGGCGGCGCCCCGGGCCAUGGCGGCCAAGGGGCCGAGUAGCCCAGGAGGACCUUGCCGAGGAGCUGCCGCUGGAUGGGCGGCCGGAGAACUGGCGGGACAGGCAGCCGGAGCCGCUGACAGCUGGGCUUGGGCCCACGGGUGACAUGUAGGCAGCGGCCUCCCACACCCUGACCGGACACUGCGGGGAGCCCGGCACCGCUGCCAGGCGAGGGAAUCGCGUGCGCUGUGUUACAUGAACACCGCCAAUACCAAACCCCUGGAUCACGGGACGAUGUGAUUGUCUUAAAAAAAAAAAAAAACACAAAUAAACACCCUGUACUGUGGUGAGCGGACUCAAAGGUGCUAUCCCAAGGCCGAUGGUGGGGUCUCUUAACCUUCCUGCAGCCUUUGCUAGGAGCCAACGUGCUGACUCUGGGGCCUGUGACCCAGUUCCUUCUGGCUCUCAAGCUGAGGAGGCACUUUGCUGCUUUCAUCUCACAAGCUGUCUUAUCAAAGGAAGGGGGGAGCAAAGUGCUCUUAUCUAAUUUCAGGGCCGAGGACCUCCGGUGGUGCCGAAAGUCCUGCAUUAGCCACAUCUUCCACCCCCCACGAGUGUCCAAAGAGAGGCAGUGUGAAGGGCAGGCUCUUGCCUUUGCCCAUGUCCCAUAUCACAUCACAUUUACAUAUGGAAAAGGCAGGACCAUGCUGGUAUUCUCCCUCUUACUGUGUGGUACAAAGCAGGUGUUUCAGAGAGUGGUCCCUCAUAGUUGUUACAGAGGGAGGCCCAUGUUGUCUAGCAAUUCACGCUAUUUACCCAGGGGAUACAUGAUUUUUACAUAAUUGGUGAUAACUGGGAUAAUGAACCUCCAAUGAAGAAAUUGUGUGGUAAGAUGUAAACAUUCUUUUGGGAGAUGAGACCAGCCCUGGAGACCACAAGCAGGGUUGCAGUUCUGAUGUGGAAAUAGGCUUGGGCACCACUGGAGGUGUUUAUUGUUUACCUUGUCUGAGGCUUUUGAAGCAAGGUUAAGUGUCCCAGGAUUUCUUCUGAUGGUGAGAUAAUGUGCUUUCACUUGAGUAGUUAUCCAUUCCCCCUAAGAGCUCUUGGAUUUUUUUUUGACAAAUAAAUAUAAGCCAGAUUUGUACUGGUGUUGUGCCUUACAGAGCAAAAUCAGCUAAAAAUACUUACCAAUUAUACAUUUCUUGAUAGUAGGUGAUGUAGCAACAACUGACUUAUUUAUUUUAAAUGCAUUUGCAAUAUGCUUUAUAUAGUUAAAAUGGUUUUAGACUUUUUCUGAAUACAAGAUACUACAUAGUGGCAGGCACUGAAAAUUAUUUCCAAACAGUCGAGUAUUAUGCAGUUAUGAUUUUGUGUGGUUGUAACUAAUCAUUUGAGGUCAAUUAAAAAUAAAAAGACUGGAAAGGGAAUAAGUGAGUUCCAGUUGAAAAUAUGGAUUAAACCAGCCACUGACAAUCACUGAAAUGUUGCACUAGAUGCUGGGCAAGUGCCCCGUGGUUCAAUGUGCACAAUAAUAUGUAAUGAACCUUGAAAGCUCCUGUGCAAUAAACUCAGACAACGUAGCUGCUGAGGUGCUCGGUGGUCAUUCACUCCUUCAGACUCUGAAACCUGAGGACAAAGGGACUGUAGCAUCAAAUCUAUUUCCAUGAAAGCUUUUUUUGUUUUUCCUCCACCCAGUGUGUAGAUACAUGUUUUUUUUAAUUUCCUGUAGUAAAACUACAAGGUGCUGGGUUUGGACUGGCUUUUUAUAUUGCUGACUCCAUGCUGACUAAGAAAAGAUCUGGGGUGGGGUGAGGGGAGAUCUUUAAACUUUCUCCUUGAAGGUGCUUCCUUUAUGGGAGGCCUCUUCAGUCAAGAGACAUCUGAAAUCCUUCUCUUGAGAAGUAGCAAUCAGAGCAAACCUACUCUUGAAAAAAGGGAGGUGAGAGAGAAGGAGGAAAGUUUAAAAGCUGGAAACAGAGAGGUGAAUGAUGAAGAACACUAUUCUAGCUACAGUUAAGCCAGGAUGGGAGCUGGGGGGAAGGAGGCAGGAAGGGGUGCCUUUGCUGCCAGGGCUGUCAUACUACCUUUGGAGGGCAAACUGUUCAUGUUUUUUACAGGCAGAAGUAGCCUGCCUCUGUUUGUGUAUUCUAAGGUCCAAAGAAAUGUUUUUGUAUGUGUGUGUGCCCAAAAUGGAAGAAAAAGCAAGCAGAAAUUGCACUGCUGCAUUUCUUAA